UGCUGCAGAGCGCGUCUUUUCCGGUUGUGAGUAAAGUCUAAGGAGGCUUUAUAAACAGAAGACCCCAACUGUCAACUUGAAACUUCACUUCUUGCACAGUUGCUGUAUUAUAUUAGUAAUCGACGCACUAUUCCCGCUUUUCAGAAUGUCUACAGAAAACUUCAGAAUGCCCACAGAUAACUUUUCAGGUGAGUCUUGAGCAUUGGCUUGAUAUUUACAUUUUUAUCAUUAGACUAUUGAUUAUUGCAGCGUUUGUUCUUGUAUUUUAUUCCUGCUGUUGUAGAUUUUUAAUGUGGAUUGAUUUCAAAUAGCCUGAUUUUGUUUGGUAUAAAUUAUUUAGUUUUUAAUGACACAUGAAUCACUUUAGGCCUAUUAUUAAUAGGCUAAUUAAAAUACAUUUGUAAAGUAAUUAUAUUCCAUCAUGAAUUGAAUGAUUCCCACUCUAACUAAAAUAAUUUUCGAAAUCCCCGAUCAGACUUGGAGCUGGAGCUAACUGGUCUGCUCCAGGAGUUCGCUGACGUGGUUGAGGAGUUGAGAGAGCCUUCCCAAAGCGUCCCGUCCGCAUACGAGCGGCUCUUGUCUGAUGCCAAACGGCGCACCCGGCUAGGGGAUGACGGCUCAGUGGUCAGCGACAGCGGCGUGGAGGACAAUAGUGACUGCAGUGAGUAGCCUUUAGGUCUAAACCUUUAUGGUCGUUGUUGUGUGUUCCAUACAUACGUGGAGGAGGGCGCGUGGGGUUUGUGCGUAAACGGUGAGUCAGAUGGAGAAUAGGGGAAAAUACGCUUGUGGGUAGCUGCGGUUUGAGCCCCUUUCAUCAACCAACACUUGACAUUUUUUACUGGCGACAACAUCGGCUCAUGAACAUGCAUCAACUUUUUUUAAAUAGAGAGUAACACAAAAUAACACUGUUUCAAGUAAUGCACGUUUGUUCCAUUACAUCGAAUGGAUGUGCAUGACUGUCUGUGGAUGAAGGAUUGCAUUAUUUUAUUUUGCACAUCAUUCAAUCUGAAAGUAAAAUUCAACUUUAGCUGUCAGAAUGGUCCACUGUAGCUCAGUUGGUAGAGCAUGGACGUUGCAAUUCCAGGGUUGUGGGUUUGAUCCCAUAUGUAAAAUGUAUGCAGUAUGACUAUAUAAAUUGCUUUGGAUUAAGUGUCUACUAAAUGGCAUAUAUUUAAGCAAUAAAGCCUGAGGUGGUGUGGUAUAUGGCCAAUAUACCACAGCUAAGGGCUGUUCUUAUGCAUGACGCAACGUGGAGUGCCUGGACACAGCCCUUAGCCGUGGUAUAUUGGCCAUAUACCACAAACCCCCAAGGUGCCUUAUUGUUAUUAUAAACUGGUCACCAACGUAAUUAGAGCAGUAAAAAUAAGACCGUAUACCCGUGGUAUACGGUCUGAUAUACCACAGCUUUCAGCCAAUCAGCAUUCAGGGCUCGAACCACCCAGUUUAUAAUAUAUAUUAGUUGUGCCACGUGUGGAUGUGUUCUUGUGGUCUAACCUUCUCUCUCUCUCUCAAUUCAAUUCAAUAUGUUAACAUUGCCAAAGCAAGUGAAGUAGAUAAUAAACAAAAGUGAAAUAAACAAUAAAAAUUAACAGUAAACAUUUCUCUCUCCUUCUCUCUCACCCUCACCCUCACCCUCAUCUCUCCCUCCCGCCAGGCAGUGAGGCGUCUCUGGGUAACAGUUUGAACACCAGUGAAGAAGAGCUCCACACUGCAGGCAUAACAGUUACGCCCAAAGGUAAGGAGACCUAUACCACUACAUCAGUUGACCAUCUAAACUAGCCCUGAGCUAUCUGACCAGCUAGAGUUGUAGUAGGAGAUCACUAUCAGUCCAUACACAGAUCACUAUCACUUUUACACAGAUAAUUAGAGCAUUACAAUAGAUCACUAUUGAGUUGAGUUUACACAACAAAGCUUGGCUGUUGUGCUUCUACAGCCUUCUACAGCUAUCUGGCCUUAUCUGGGCAGGGUGGCCUAGGGUUGGUAUAAUGGCUAAAUAAGGUACCCCUGGAGAGAGGGGGUCGGGGGAGGUAGACAUACAUAAGCUAAACGUAACACUAGAAGAUCCAUGUCGUUCAGUCUGAGGUGUGCUGCAGGCGCCUCACUGGCUCAGUGGAGUUUUAUAUUAUGGGCUGUUUAAGUCUGUGAAUCUUAUUUUCCAUCUUGGUUAAACCAGGGGUUGUGUCCUGACUCCUUCAGUGUGCUCCAAAUGGUACCCUAUUUCCUAUAUAGUCCACUACAUUUAACCAGGGCCCUUAGGGCUCUAGGGAAUAGGGUGCCAUUUGGGAUGCAGGUUCUUCUUAUAUAAUUCUGGGAGUUGGAUCACAUUUCCUGCUCUGGUCCAAAGGAGGAAAUGCCAGUGAACUUAGAGCAGCAACUGCUGCAUCUCCACAGAAAUGUUCCAUUCCACCACUCUCUAUUUCUCCUUUCUCACAUGCUCUCCUUUUACUCUGCAGCCAGGAUGGGAGACACAGGAGACCUACAGAGAUUCAUCGACAGUUUGGACCGGGAACUUGCUGGUAUGCAUCUCAGAACAAAACCAAAAUUCCCCACAUCCUGACAAUGUCAUUAUAUCACUUUAGUCUGGUGUUUCAAUCUCUUUAUAUCACUUUAGUCUCGUGUUUCAAUCUCUUUAUUUACAUUUUAGUCAUUUAGCAGACGCUCUUAUCCAGAGCGACUUAGUUAGUGAGUGCAUACAUUUUUUUUUUUCAUACUUAGUCUAGUGUUUCAUUCUCUUUAUCGCUUUAGUCUAGUGUUUCAAUCUAUCACUUUAGUGAAUCCCAGAGCUCCUCUAGUGUCUGCACUAGAGGGUUGAAGGUGGGCUAUCUACAUGCCCUCCAGUGAUAAUAGUCUAUAGUACAUGACUAUCACUGUGACCACUACCAGUAGAGAGGCAGUGCUGUUUCAGAGAACACACAGAGAUGUAGAUACGCUGACACACACAACCACACACACACGGACAUGCACACACAUACACAAACACGCAAACACACACACACGGACAUGCACACACAAACACGCAAACACACACACACACACACACAGACAUGCAUGCAGACUCACACACACACAUACACACCGUGCUACCAGUGGGUCAGAGACAGAGAAGUGCUGUUCCUCAUGAAUCAUAACUGCUCUCGGCAUCAGUACCAGGCUGCUGCAUGCUAAUGACUGUGUGUGUGUGUGUGUGUGUCUGUCUGACAGAGAUGUGAGUGGAGAGAGAGCGAGACGGAGAGCGAUGGAGAGAGACCGGAGAGGGAGAGAGAGCUGCUGAGACCACGGGGGAGAGAGAAGAGAGAACAGGCCAGAGGCUGCAUGUCUGGCUACCUCUGAACACACAAACACACAGAUCUAAAAUUGCACAGUUCUGUUCUGUUCGGAGAAAGCCAGCUCACUCUGGGCCCCUCUGGGGGGGGGGGGGGGAAAAGGGUCAAACAUGAGGAAUUAAAAGGGCAUCAUGUUCCAAUAUCUAGAACACUACUGGACCUGAGGUGAUAGACUCCAUCCCUUCCCUCACAGCUAAAUGAAGCUGUUUUAUAGUCAACGUGUAUCUCUUCAAUAG